AAGGCGAGCGUUUGCUACGAGCAAUCUGGGUUCUACAUCUCGUGACAAGGAAAAAACCAUGGCUCUCACAAUCUUGAAGUGCUUCUUCCUGAUUUUUGGCUACAUUAUCAAAGCGAAAGGAGAGGAAAGCCUUGCUUCGGUGGUACUUGGUAGUGAUGGCGAAACUCUGCUUUUAAAACCUGGAUAUGAUUCCUCUCAGCCUAUGGCAGCCUGGGGUAAAUUCGAUGAUAAGAUAAAUUCCACCGGAUGGACUUUCCUCGAGAUCCACUCAAAUGCAUCAUUAUCAGAUGCAGUGCAAGCAAAGGCAGCAGGAAUGACAGAGGGAUCUUUAACUGCAGAACUAAUGCACAAAAGUUAUCAGAACACUUUAGCUGGCUAUUGUGAUGCUGAACCAGAAUUUUGUGAGACGCUGGGAAAGUUUUUGGGUGAUAACCUGAAGUGGAUAUCUGAGCAAAUUGCCAGCAACCCUACAGAUAAAUAUUGGUACCAGAUAAACCUGAUACUUAAGCAGUUUGAAGGAAUUAAGGAAGGCUAUCUGCAGAACAAAAGUGUUCCUUCAAUUGAUGAUCUAGGAUUCCUCCUUAUCCAAGCUGAUGGUGAUCUGGAAUCUCUAGAGCAGGCACUAAAAAAGAAGAAAGUCCACCGUGUAUUUGGCUCAGGAUCCUGUUCAGCACUUAUAAAGUUGUUGCCUGGCAACAAAGACUUGUACAUCUCUCAAGUCACAUGGACAUCAUAUGCAGAGAUGUUAAGAGUGUUUAAGUUCUAUGAUUUUCCAUUUACUGUCAGUGGAAAUAAAGGAGAAAUUAUUCCGGGCAGUAAAGCAAGUUUCUCUUCUUACCCUGGCUUGAUGACAAGCGGAGAUGACUUUUACAUGUUAAGCAGUGGAAUGGUCUCUCAAGAGACCACAAUUGGUAAUAGCAAUCCAGAUCUGUGGAAAUAUGUUUAUGCAGAGGGAAUUGUUCUAGAGUGGAUGCGCACAUUGGUAGCCAAUCGUUUGGCAAGAACAGCUGCUGAAUGGACUUAUCUCUUUGGAACACACAACAGUGGAACUUACAACAAUGAGUGGAUGGUUCUUGAUUAUAAAUUAUUCACUCCUGGUGAGCCGAUCAUUCCAGGAACAUUGUUGAUACUGGAGCAGUUACCUGGGAUAGUUGAAGUUGCAGACAUGUCUGUCUUCUUGCAGGAGAAGACAUACUGGGCUAGCUACAAUUUACCUUAUUUUCCAUACAUAUUCAACAUGAGCGGAACGAGAGAGAGCUAUGAGAAGUUUGGCUCAUGGUUUAGUUAUGAUGGCGCUCCAAGAGCACAGAUGUUCAAACGUGAUCACAACAAGGUUGUUGAUAUGGACAGCAUGAUGAAACUUAUGAGGUACAAUGACUAUAAGCACGAUCCAUUAGCUCGUUGUAACUGCACCCCACCCUACAGCGGAGAGAAUGCCAUCUCUGCACGAUCGGACUUGAACCCAGCCGAUGGAAAGUAUCCAAUUGCAGCACUGGGUCACAGGCAACAUGGAGGAAUUGACGCCAAGCUGACAAAUUCAGAGAUGGUGAAGACAUUGCAGUGUGUGGCUGUCAGCGGUCCAACGCAUGACCAGCAGCCUGUCUUUAAGUGGAGCACUUCAGGUUGGAAAAGGCCCAUGGGACAUCCUGACGCCUGGGACUUUGAACCAGUCACUGUCAAGUGGGAUGACGAUUUGUCGGACGAUUUUUAACACCAUAUUUGACUUGGAAUUAUUCGUGUGUCUUUAUCCAGUAACUAAUACUUCGAUAGGAAAAAAAGUCGUUGAGUAGUUUGUAGGUAAGGAAAGAGAAACAAUCCAUUGAUUGAGUAUCCUUCCAAAAGUCAGUUAGACGAUGAUUUUGUUCUGCACAACAGAUUGUAAGUAUUUACCGUGGGAACUAUCAUAUUUUGUAACACGUUUUUUAGUAAUGAAGUAUUUCGUUUAGAUUUGAUGUUGUGAUUAAACUGAUUCUCCUUAGUUUUUUUUAUUUGAUAGGCAGUAUUUCUUCAGGUUCUGGCUUAACCAAGAACACUUUGGCUAAGUCAUUUUCUUUUUUUAACCGAUUAAAAAAAUUUUUAAGACA